CUUCCUGUACUAUAUGUUUACAGACUAUAUGAGAUUCUUCCAAAUUGGUAGAACACCAUUUGCUUUCAAAUGUACACACCUUUUCACCAGUUAGAUCACUUUUCUUUCCCAGCUCUCUCCUCACAUACCUGUGUGUGUAUGUGUGUGUGUCCAGAGCGAGGUCUUCCCUGAGCCCAUGUUCACCUGGUCCAAGGUCGGUGGGCGUCUGCUGGAUGGCAGUGAGGAGCAUGAUGGAAGAGAACUUGUCCUGGAGAGGGUUCCCGCUGAGCUUAAUGGAUCUAUGUUCCGCUGUACAGCCGAGAAUCCUCUGGGCUCCACAGACACCCACACUCGCCUAAUUGUGUUCGAUAACCCAAGAUUGAAGAAGGGAAAAGAGCAUUUUGUUGCCAUCAGCAUAGCAGUCAAUCAGUGCUCCCUCACAUUCCUGUCCAUGUUGCUGGCCCUGAGCUUUACCUGUGAGCUGACGUGAUCCAAGCCCCUGCAGCUCCUCCGAACAAGCACUACCACCCAUGUCUACCUGAGACACCUGCUCUUUGAUGAUCCCCUGGCAGUAGCUAUAACCUUCAUGCAGAUGUUAGCAAUAACACUAAGCGUUGCUGGAACAUGAAAGAUGCAGCAGGACUUCAACCCUGGGUGAGAGGACCGAUACUGAUUGAGACAAAAGU